GGGUGACGUGAAGGUGUGGCAGGUGAAGCAGACGCCGAUGGAGGAUCUGAGGAGUGGACCACGGCAGAACAUACAGUUCACGCCCGUCCAGCACUCGCUCGCCGCCGAUAAACCCGUGAGUCGACCGCAGCGCCACCUACGCCACGCAGCGAUGGGUAUCAGCGGUGUGGGCGGAGCGCAGCAGCCCGCCGCUGACGCCGCCAAGUACGACCCGGCCACCAGCGCCACCUGGAGGAUGAUCCACGAACAAGAGACCGGCGGCAAGCCCGGAGGCGCCCCGGCCAGAUCCCCGGCUGCCGUCAACGGCGCCCCGGCAAGCAUCACUCAUAAGAUCGCGGCUCCGACGACCGACUACGCCGCGAUGGAGAAACGCGCCGAUAUGGAGGCGAAGGCCGCGGCCGGCGCGCCCGUCUGCAUCGGCUGCGGUCGCCAGGUCAUCGGUGUGUUCGUGAAGGCGAACGACAAGACCCUUCACCCUGACUGCUUCAACUGCACGACGUGCGGUUCGAACCUGAAGAACCAAGGUUACUGGGUUGUUGAUGACAAGCUCUACUGCGAGGUACACUACCGUGCCAAGACCGUCAGGCUGGAGCAGGAGGGGGGCUCCAAGUUCGAGUGGCCGCCGCAGAAGCCCUACCCGGAGUACGACGAGGCGUCGGCAGGCGCCAACCCUCACAUCUACCCGGGCCCCGCGACCGUCGAGUCCCACCCUCACCCAUCCUACGCUCCUCCCCCAGCAGCAGCACCACCAGCGGCGGCAGCACCGUCGCAGGUCUCGCAGAUCCAGGUGCAGGUGUCGCCGGCGAGGGCGGCGCCCCCUCCGUGGAGCGCUGUCGGCAGCGGUGGCGCCCCCUCCGGGCCGCCGGCGUCGACGUUCCAGUCGAGUUUCGGCGCACCGCCGGCAUCCGGAGCAGCUACUGCAGCGCCCCCUGCUGGAGCUCCCGAACCGCAACCUAGCCACGCCCCUGUGCCAGCAGCGGUGGCGCCACCUGCAGGUUGGGCGCAGAAGCCCAGCACCCCCGCGCAUGCGAAGUGGACGGCCCCCGCGACCACGGCUCCGACGUCAGGUGGCGCCCCCAUGGGCGGAGGUGGCACCGCGCCGGCCGGUGGCAGGUUCGGCAGCACCGGAACUCCCCGUCGCGGCCGCGGAGUCCUCAACCAGCCAACCGGGCGUGUUCCCGUCUGCUCCGCGUGCGGCGGUCCAAUCAGGGGUCCGUUCAUCGCAGCGAUGGGUAAGACCUGGUGCCCGGAGCACUUCAUCUGUGCGAACGCUCGCUGCCGCGCUCCGCUGCAGAACCAGGGCUUCGUCGAGGAGAACGGACAGCUGUACUGCGAGCGCGACUAUGAACUGUACUUCGCGCCGCGAUGCUCCAAGUGUUCCCGCGCCGUCGUCGGGGACUGUCUGAACGCGAUGGACAGGCAAUGGCAUCCGGAGUGCUUCACCUGCACACACUGCCGCCGUCCCUUCGGCAACAACUCCUUCUACUUGGAGGACAGCAUGCCCUACUGCGAGAAAGAUUGGAAUGAGCUGUUCACCACCAAGUGUGCUGGCUGCGGCUACUCCAUAGAGGCUGGUGAUCACUGGGUCGAGGCGCUUGGCAACAACUAUCACUCCCAGUGCUUCAAGUGCUCCGUGUGCCAGGUGUGUCUAGAGGGCCAGAGCUUCUAUGCCAAGGGCGGCCGUCCCUUCUGCAAGCGCCACGCCACCGGCGGCUACUAGGACGGUUGCCACGGCGACGACGUCCCGGAAACGGUGCCAACGAAAACGAGUGACCUAUCGAAGCUUUGGAGAUGAGAGAUUGAGGCAGCUGUUGCUAUGGCGAUGCAUUUAGAUGCGGAUGCCGUCUGAAUGUCAAGAGAGAUGUAGAGAGAGCAAUAUAGAGGGAGGGGCCAUUCAACUUCUAAUGCAAGUCUUCCAUCUUCUUCGCGCGCUUGCUCACUGUGCCAGCAAUAUUAUCUCAUCACCUCUCUCUCGGUUCGUUGCCAUAGCAACCGACACUGCUUGCCUCGCCUCCGGGCGUGGGAUGUCGUGUCGGUUGCUACGGAAACGAAUCUCAUGCUCUUGUGUCGUUCGCCGGAGUCGAUUUCAGGCCGGGAGUUUUGUUUUAAGGAUCGUAAUAUUUUUCUGGCAAACAAUCGCGUUGCAAUGUUGCCCCCUUCACCUUCUCCUGAGGGUGGGAACCUCACGCUGUGAGGCUUUUAAUUUAUUUUAUAACGGCAGGCCCCCCCCGCCCCCAAUCUCUGCUGGCAUCCAAUACAGCUAUGACACCGUCACCCCUGCAAUGUAGGGGGCGCUGGGAACUCGUCGUUUUACGGGAGCUGUGGCGCCUGGGGAAAAAAUCUAAAAAAAUAGUGCAGGCUUGCUGCCGACGUAGGAAAAUUAGCGCGUGGCGCCCCCUAACGAAAAUUUCGACUUAGUGCUGGCUUCUCGCUCCAGGGGGCGUUGGGAGCGAACACGCGCCACUACUGCGUGGAGAGAGAGAGAGAGAGGGAGCCUGUGUUUGCGUGUAGCUUUCGUCGCGAAACGCGCUUUUGCUGUAGAGUUAGUCUAUUACAGUUGUUGUUGAUAAUGUUAUUGGGCCGGGGUGCACGAGCAGUGAAGUGAUGGACCGGGUCCAUUAUUACGCAGGGGAAGCAGCUGGGGGGAGGGUGUAGUGGGAGGGGCCAAGGGAAAACUGGCGGCAAAGUCGCCGAGGCAAAAUAGUUAUGUAAGAUGAUGGUAAUGAUGAAGUAAAAUGGGAGUAGCUCUAGCAUUUCUGGUGUUAGACACUACUGGUGUCAGUCUAGAGUCAGACCCUGCGUAAAUAAUGACUGGGUCCAUUCGCUGCUAUCGCCCGCGGCUGAAGUGAAACAGAGUAGCUUUUUUAGUAGACUGAAACUAACAACGUUAUAAUAUACGGAAAGAGUAUUUCGAAAAAGUUGUGUAUGGAAACUAGUUGUCCACUUGUCUAUUAUUAUUAUUAUUAUUAUCAUUAUUAUUAUUAUCCGUUUGUACAAUAGAAAUGGAAUUACGAACGUUUUAUUUGAAAAACAUGAAAUUCGAGAAAAAAAAAAGAUAUGGAAACUGCACGCGACGGCACGGUGCAGUGGCGGAUGCUCGCAAUGAGCGGCAAUGACAGAGGGAGCCACUGUGCAUAGACGGCAGACCCGCGGUUCCCGCAGUUGUUUGUUGUUACCACAGAUGUAUUUCACGCAAUCUGCAUUUAACAGGAUGACCUUGAACCGGCAGCCAUAUUGGUUCUCGUGUGACGCAGUGACGCCCGACGCGAAAUCUCCCCGGCGGCCAUUUGUAAAACGCUGAUCGGCAAACGUCGACGCGCGCCGAUUUUUCCCGUUCUGCCGAAAGCCCGUUCUGCUGUUUUUCUCGCGACGUGAUCUCGCGAGAUCUCGAUUGAUCACACACCGGAGAUGCGUAACCAGGCAACGUUGUUGACAUCACAUAUCUAUAUCUGUCUGUAUAAAUAUGAAUAAAUACUAAAUCUAGUCCCACGACUCUAACGGCAACAACGACGAUGAUGAUGAUGGUGACAACGACGAUGAUGACGAUGAUGACGAUGACGACGAUGACGACGAUGACGACGAUGACGACGAUGCUCACUAGUGCUCUGCAGCGUUUAGUGACAAGCAUCAAUGACAGAUGUGCAGUGAGUUUAUAUCCCCGGUCGUGAGUGGCAACGUUUCCCCAAAUGUAACGCGGGCGCACGCACGAAAUGUCCUCCUAUUCUUCUUCUUCUGGAAUUCCGAUCUGAUUUUCAUAGUGGAAUAAAGUUGGUGUCACCCCAGUAAAGAGAAUGUCGAUUUG